AAACAAUGACGUUUUCUCUGUACCUCCGAAGAGAAACCAGAACCCUACACCUUGCAGCUUUGUUCAGCAGAGGAAGGAAUGGAGGCGUUUCUAGAUGGAGAUGCAGAAUACGACGGCGUUUUGAUGUGAUGGAGAACUUUGAUUGAUGGUCUGCAAUCCCAAAGCCAUUGGAUUCCGCCAUUGAUGUCUAACUGGCAUUCUACACAGAAGUUCGAUUCCAUCAAAGGAUUCUUGCGUCAUUGUUCUCAAACUAAGAAUGUGAGAGGCAUUAAGAAGCUUCAUGCUCAUCUACUUAGAACAGGCUUGCUCUUCAUCUCCCUUAGUUGUCAGAGCAAACUCAUCUUCACAUACACCACAUGCCUUCAUAGAAACAACUCUAAAACCUUCACCACCUUGCUCAACUGCAUCAACUCCACAGACCCAUUGCCCUUCAAUAUGAUUCUAUCCGAUUAUUGUCGAAGUGGGUUUUCUUUUUUGGCUCUGCAAACCUUCUCUUUCAUGCAUACCAAUGGGGUUCCUUUAGAUACAUAUAGUUUUUGUUGUUCUUUAGUGGCUUCAUGUUCCAUGAAAAACGUUAAAUUUGGUGCACAGAUACAUGCCCGUGUUGAAAAAUCAGCAAUGGUGUUCGAUGAAAUUCCUGUCAAGAACACUGUUUGUGCAAAUGCACUAUUAUCAGGUUAUGGUGAGGCUAAGCUGUGGGUUGAAGGGCUUGACUUCGUUCGAAAGAUGCGUUCAUUGAAUUUGAAUUGUGAUCAUUUCACAUUGUCAGCAAUGUUACGCUCAUGUGCUGGUCUGUCCGCAAUUGAAUUGGGUAGGCAGGUUCAUGGGAGUGUGAUCCGUAAGGUUUCUGAUGUGGAAGCUGAUGUCUUUUUGCAGAGUUCUUUGAUUGAAAUGUAUGGUAAGUGUGGCUCAGUGGAGAAGGCUUGGCAAGUCUUCAAUUUGGCAGGCUUUGGAUACAAGGGGGAGAGAAAGAGAGAUGUUGUUCUGUGGACCUCAAUGCUUGCUGUAUGUGGUAGAAAUGGGCAUUUUGAAAAAGUAAUUGAGUUGUACAAAGAGAUGUUGAGGGAAGGGAUAAGGCCAGAUGGGGUGGCAUUUGUGACUGUCAUCUCUGCUUGUGGACACACUGGCCAUGUGAAACUUGGAAUUAAGUAUUUUGAGUCCAUGGUCAGUGACUUUGGAUUGGAACCUGGCCCAGAGCAUUACAGUUGUGUAGUUGAUUUGCUUUGCAGGGCUGGUGAGUUGGAGAAGGCAUGGAAGAUGGUGAAUGAGAUGACACUUAAAGAGAAUGGCAGUUACAGUAUCUCAAUGUGGGGGGCUUUGCUUAAUGCUUGCAACGAAUUUGGAAAUGUUGAAUUGGGUAAAUUGGCUGCUCACAAGGCACUUGAGAUGGAUCCUCAUAAUGUCGGGAUCUAUGUUCUGUUAUCAAAUAUGUAUGCUAAAUUCAGUAUGUGGGAUGAGAUUGGGCAGCUGAGGGAGUUGAUGAAGGAAAGUGGUUUAAAGAAAGAUGUUGGACGCAGUUGGAUAGAGAUUACAAGUUGAAUUGAAGGAAACUUGGCAGCAAAUGAAAGUACUUAUUUUAAUCUGGGCUGGAGGUCCUGGAAUCUACAUAACAUUGAAGAUAUCAGAUUCCAUUCUUAACUUACUGCAGGCUUAUUCAUGUCUUAAAUUGCUAGUGAUUAAAUGAUUGCAAAUCAUUGAAGAUUUCGAAUGGGGAGGGCCAGGAAGGUAUAGAAUUGGCUCUGCAUUUCCUGAUAAGAUGGCUCUAAGAAUUGCCUACUGGGUACCUUCAGGGCUGAGCCUCGAAUUGUUUGGUUACACUGAGAAUAAAGACAACUUCAUGAGGCGAAAAUCUCAGCAUACACUUUUCUUGUAGCUGCUCAAGCAUAAGAGGGCAGAUAAUUUCUCGGUAUAAUGAUAUAUAAGGGAAGUUGCCCUUCAUAUGCUCUUCAAUACAGCUCACUACAAACUGCUAUUUUCUUUUCUGGGAAGGCGGUAGGUGGUGAAACUUGAAUGGUCAGAAGACUCAGAACCAUUGAAAUGAAGCUCCAUAAGAUGGCUGAGGAAUUCCCCAACCCAAUAGCAAGGGAGUCAAUGGAGGUCAUCAAGGAAAUUCUGUUUUUGUUGCUGCAACAAAAUGGGUGAAAAGUUGAUGAUUCCACCUUUCGUCUUCAAGUUACAGGUUUUGUAUCAGUACCCUUAAGAAUAUGUUGUAAAUUUAUGCCUCCAUUACCUUGAUAGCUUCUUUAGUAUACUUUAACCAGGAAAUACCUUUGAUACUCAAUGAAAUAAUAAACAAAUUCUCCUGAA